GUUACAGAAUGGACUCUAGUCCUAGCCCAGCUGGGACCCCCAGUCCACAGCCCUCAAGGUCCAGUGGGAACAUCAACCUGGGGCCUUCAGCUAAUCCAAAUGCCCGGCCCACUGACUUCGACUUCCUGAAAGUCAUCGGCAAAGGCAACUAUGGGAAGGUCCUCCUGGCCAAACGCAAAUCUGAUGGGAUGUUCUACGCAGUGAAGGUGAUACAGAAAAAAUCCAUCUUAAAGAAGAAAGAGCAGAGGCACAUCAUGGCAGAGCGCAAUGUGCUUCUGAAGAACGUGCGGCACCCCUUCCUCGUGGGCCUGCGCUACUCCUUCCAGACGCCGGAGAAGCUCUACUUUGUGCUGGACUAUGUCAAUGGAGGAGAGCUCUUCUUCCACCUGCAGCGGGAGCGCAGGUUCCUGGAGCCCCGAGCCCGGUUCUAUGCGGCCGAGGUGGCCAGUGCCAUUGGCUACCUGCACUCCCUCAACAUCAUCUACAGGGACCUGAAACCAGAGAACAUUCUCUUGGACUGCCAGGGACACGUGGUGCUGACAGAUUUUGGCCUCUGCAAGGAAGGUGUAGAGCCGGAGGAGACCACGUCCACAUUCUGUGGCACCCCCGAGUACUUGGCUCCAGAAGUGCUCCGUAAAGAGCCUUAUGAUCGGGCGGUGGACUGGUGGUGUUUGGGGGCCGUCCUGUACGAGAUGCUGCACGGCCUGCCACCCUUUUACAGCAAAGACGUAUCCCAGAUGUAUGACAACAUUCUGAACCAGCCACUACAGAUCCCUGUGGGCCGGACGGUGGCCGCCUGUGACCUCCUGCAAGCCCUUCUCCACAAGGACCAGAGGCAGCGGCUGGGCUCCAAAGCAGACUUCCUUGAGAUAAAGAACCACGUGUUCUUCAGCCCCAUAAACUGGGAUGACUUGUACCACAAGAGGCUGACUCCACCCUUCAACCCAAACGUGGCAGGACCAGCUGACUUGAAACACUUUGACCCAGAGUUCACCCAGGAAGCCGUGUCAAAGUCCAUUGGCUGCACUCCUGACACGGUGGCCAGCAGCGCUGGGGCCUCCAGUGCAUUCCUGGGAUUUUCCUACGUGCCAGAGGAUGAAGCCGUCUUGGACUGCUAGGAGAGAGGUACCUGUGGAACCACUGAAGACAGCUGGUACCUCCCCCUGCCCCAGGAAUGAUAGAGAAUGAAGCUGAAGACUAUGGAAAAUACACCAAUGACACUACCACUCGCACUGGAGACCAAAGCUGGGUCAGGAAGAGCUGUUGUCACACUUCGACAUGCACUGAGAACUCUGAAACACUCUGAUUUGAUUUCUAUGUUAAUAGUGUCUAUUAACUGACACAUGUGGAACAUGAGGAAGGGGCCAAAAUUUCCCCAACUUCCCAAAGCAAAAUGCAAGACUGCAAUUGUCUGGAAUGUGCUAGUACUGUCAAAAGUACACAAUGUACUGUGGAUUAUGAAAUGCAUAAUGAUUCUAUCUGUUCUAAGACCGCAAGAUCACAAAAUUUUCC